CAGUCGGGUACCAGGCAGAAAAUGGAAAAGCCUCCAGAAGAAGCUCCCACCGAAUCCUCGGAAAUCCAAAGACCAGCCAAACCCCCAGAUGACAGCCACACAGAUGGCCAGGAAGACAGAACAGGCAGGCAGAACCAGUAUGAAGUGGAGGCAGAUGACCAGACUGAUGACAGAGCAGCUGACCAGACUGCCCAAAUGGUGUCUGGCCUGGCUGAACCCAACAUAGUUAAUGGAGCUGACCACAAAGUAGAUGAACACGUGGGAGAAAGAACAUCUGAUCAGGCUGACCUCAGAGCAUCUGACCAUGAUAAUUUUGCCAGUGGUAGAACAUCUGAUCAGGCUGAUCAGAGGAUGUCAGAAGAGAUGGACAGCAAGGCAUCUAGCCAAGCUGAUGGUGUCAGGUCUGAACAGACUGACAACCAGAUGUCUGCUCUGCCUGAACAAGGUACUUAUGAGCAAACUGAACAGAGAACGUCCAGCCUAGCUGAGAGAAUAGCUUCUGAACAGUUUGACCAAAAGCCAUCUGUGCCAUCUUUACAAAGAGCCCAUGGGCGAAGUGAUCACAGAAUGCCCCGACCCGCUGACCAAAGAACGGCUCAACAGAUAGAAAGUAGAUUGUCCGGCCUGAUUGAGAAAAAAACUUAUGAACAAUUUGAUCAGAGAUCAUCUGACCAAGCUGACCACAAAAGAGCUUCAAAGACUCACCUCAAAGUGCAUGACCAGACUACUAAACCAGCUGAACACCCUGAGACUGACUCUGACAAGGCUGGUGGUGAAUCUGCCCAGACUGAUGACUUACUGGAUGAAGAGGAUGAUUACACAGAAGACAACCUGUUUGACUACAGAGAACAGUCUAAUGAUGAAUUAUUCAGACAGCUUGGCUAUGGCAAGGAAGAGGAAGAGGAUGACUUCAAAGUGCAACCCUGCAAAUUUGAGCCUAGCCAGACAGAUGCCAGCAUAUCUAAGACUUCCAUUGAAAGUGACACUGAAAGUGUAGCUGACCUGCGAGUCUUCAUGCCAUUUGAUAACAGUACUUUCCAAACAAAAGAACAGGCCUACUCUGAAAAGUUUCCCUCCAUUUCAUCUAAACUGGACUAUAUCAUCAGUCGAGAAAAACCUCAACCCACAGAAGUCGAGCCUGAUGAUUUUUCAUCAUACCAGGAAAGAAGGAUUUCUGACACAUACAGUCAACCUUCUAAGAGGCGAUUCCCUCCUAUAGUAUAUGAAGAUCCUUAUCAAGUUUCACUUCGAUACAUGGAGAAACACCACAUUCUGCAAAUAUUCCAGCAGAUCACUGAAAACUUAGUCUAUGAAAAGCCAGAGGAUCCCCUGAAUUUUAUGCUGUGCCAGGUACAGGAAAUGAUACAAAACAGGAAGAAAAGUGAAACUUAACAAAGAAUGAAUCUCUCCUCAACAUUGUUUACCACCAUCAGUGUCAACACCAUGUUCUGUUGCCCACUCUGAAAAAUCAUUUUUGAAUGGUCAUUGGUAGUGACUCUGCCUAAAUAUGUUUUUAUUUUUUAAGUAAAAAUCUGCUGAGUAUCUUUGUAAAAUUCAUAGAACAGUUACAGAUACUUCUGGUUAAUCAUACAAAACAUAUACAUGUAUACUUAUCCGUGCAUUGAUAUUUCAAUACUCAU